AUGAACCCCCUUACACCACAGGGUGAUUUAGAUGCUGGAAGUCGGAAUCCCAAGCCAGUCCGCCGUCACGCCUGUGAUCGGUGUCGCAGUCAGAAGCUCCGCUGUGAUCGGACGACACACACCGAUCCGUCGAUCGCGUGCGAUCGCUGCGCUCGAAAUAACCUGACUUGUGUUAUCGGCGCUACCAUGCCUAUGGGUCGACCACGUUCUCUGAACCAUAAACCUCGUUAUCGCCGCACGUCGAGUAAGAAGUCCGAUGAAAUGCGAUCUAACGAGACCAGAGCGGACUCUUCCGACCUGCCCUCCUGUCCGCCCGACCUCGCCAUGGCCGGAAUGGAUGCGAUAAAUGAGCUGCCAGAUCCGAACUUCGACCACGGAACUAUGGCCUAUGAUCUUAAUUUCCCAAAUAUGAAUGUAUUCGACACAAUUGAUUUCGCCGAUCUGGCCACAAAUUUACAGCCCGACGUAGUUGGCUCGACCGACUUCCCAACCGUUAGCCCUAAGGAGCAGAAUAUCGAGCGCAUGUGGAAGCUCCAUAGCACACUCCUUCAACACGUAUAUCACAUCGAAAGUCAGGCGGCCUUCACUAAUGACUUCUCACCCGACACGCACUCUCUCGGCUCGCGCCUGUCCGACAUUACAAACACGCAGAGUGACCAUCCAAUGCACCAGAUGAUGCGCUGCUCACAAACCUUCCUCGAAAUUAUCCAAUCCUUCGUCACCUCCCAUCGCGAAUGCGUCUGCAGCAUUCCAACCAGAGACCAAGCCGCCACUGACUGGUCCCGGGAUUCGGACGAUGCGGGCGACAAGGACGACGAGGACGAGCUCAUAUAUCAUAGCAACUAUCGCCCGUCUUCAGCCUCAACUCACGACACCUCAUCCUGGUUUACCCUACCAACCCUAGAUAACCCGGUAACCACAUCCCCUGCCAGAUUCAGUACAGGCCGCAAUCGAGCCUGGCCUGGAGGACGCCCGGAAAAGAGCAGCAACAGCCAACCCGACAAAAAACUUCAAAGAUCACACCCAGCUCUCCCACCCGAGUGCCAGACUCAAUUCCCCAUCUGUCUGACCCUCACAACCUGCCACGUGCUUUUCAUCCGUCUGCACCGCAGCGUUCUCACCGACCUACACGCCACCAUUCGGUCCUUAGUCGCACAAUACACGCCCGUCGGCGAUCUAACAGGCCCACUCGCCGUGCUGGACAAUUUAUCGGGCUCAGCCCCCUUUAACGUGCACUUAGACGGGCCGACGCUGAAACUCGACGGUGUGCAGCAGAUUAGAACGCUUCUGCAGCUGAGCUGCGAUCUGCUUGAGCGCAUCGACCGCGGCGUCGAGAUUCUGUUGACAGGCGCAGGGCAUCUCCUGUCCGCUCCCGGGACCUAUAUGUCUAUUCUAGAGGCCCUGGCGCAGCAGGAGGCCCGCAGUGGGCGCGGACCUGCCAUGCCGGACGGGAUGGGUUCGAUUGGGGGGCGGGCGGCUCGGUUGGCGCCGUCGCGGAUGCUGGCCAGGAAGAUUCGGAAGUGUAUUGAUGAUACCUGUCUGUAG